AUGAAUAUGUUGGAUGAUGAAGAUGACCAAAGCUUUCACGCUACGCGUGACGGCUACUCCCAUUUGAGCGAUGUCGAAUGGGAUGCGGUUGAACGAAUGGGUUCGACCAUGGGCAUCCAUGCUGUUAUCGUCAUGCUAGAGGCUCUCAAUAGAGAUGCCCAACAUGCUACUAUCGCCAAGUUCAUUCAAAAUGAACUUGACGCUGAACGCGAGAAAGUAGCCUUGCUUCACCAACAAGGUUCUCAACAAGCAGAGUUGUUGAGAGAACAAGGUGCUCAACAGUUUGAACUGUUGAGACAGCAGCAGGCUGCUGCUGGCGGGUCGAUGCACUCGCGUCGACCCGAGACUUUGAAGAUUGACAUCUCAAAGGCGGGUCGCAUCGACGACGGGGAUAUGCAAGUUUCAUUUGCCCAGUCAAAUCUGGCAGGACGUGCCAAGACUUGGGCACUGGGGCUCAAGUUGCACGACACAUAUGCGUUUGGGUCGUUGGAAGUCUUCAAGUCGCGGCUCAGACAAACGUUUGAACCGCCUAGAGCUGAGUUCAGGGCUCGAACCGAACUCUUGAAGCUCAAACAGGGUAAGCGUGAUGUGCACGCUUACGCCCAACAUAUACGACAUCUCACGAGUUGUAUAAGUUCCAAUCCGGUGGAUGAACACACGUUGGUUUCGGUGUUCAUGCAGGGCCUUGCGGAUGGUCCCGUCAAGACUCACCUGUUCCGGCUUGAACUAGAUUCACUAGAACAAGCCGUUUCCAUUGCGGAACAGGAAGACUUCAGUCUGAGACAGGCUCGCGCCAGCUCGACAUCAUAUCGUCAACCGAGACGAUAUGACAGCGGAGGUCCAGAGCCGAUGGAACUCUGUUCUGUAGAGAGCGAGAAGGCUCGCUCUACAGACUACAAGAAGUUGCAGAGAUGCAACAGAUGUCAAAAGACAGGACACUACGCUUACGAGUGUAGUGCCCCUCGUCCAGUGUCUCGCGACACUGGGCGUAGUGACCGUCCACCCAUGAGAAAGGGGCAGGGACGAGGGUCCGCAGUUGGUGCAAAGACGCAACAACGGGAUGGACCGUCAAAAAACGGACAGGAUCAGUAG